AUGUUCUUCUCCUUCCACACAGAGCGUUUCGUUUCGAUUCGAUUCCCGGUGGUUUCAAUGGGGAGCGAAGAGGAGAACAACGAAUUCUACCUCCGCUACUACGUCGGUCACAAGGGAAAGUUCGGUCACGAGUUUUUGGAGUUCGAGUUCCGCCCCGACGGGAAGCUCCGCUACGCCAACAACUCCAACUACAAAAACGACACCAUUAUUCGCAAGGAGGUUUACCUCACCCCCGCCGUUCUCCGCGAGUGCCGUCGCAUCAUCACCGAAAGCGAGAUUAUGAAGGAAGAUGAUAACAACUGGCCGGAACCGGACCGGGUGGGGCGACAGGAGCUGGAGAUUGUGAUGGGGAAUGAGCACAUAUCGUUUACGACCUCGAAGAUUGGGUCUUUGGUGGAUGUUCAGAGUAGUGCUGAUCCGGAAGGGCUUCGCAUCUUUUACUACCUUGUCCAGGAUUUGAAGUGCUUUGUCUUCUCUCUCAUUUCACUUCACUUCAAGAUCAAGCCUAUCUAA